AUGGUGAUUUCUACGAAACCAUUUUUGAUUCUAAACCUACUACUAACAAUCACAUAUAUCUUCCUCUGUACGCCUUACUCCUCAUCCGUCGUUGCCGCCAAUAUAGUCGCCGACCUCCACUCCCUACAAUCACAAUUCCCUUCCGGUAUCAUUCGCCUCAACGAAAGUAUUCUCUACAGAAUCUUCAAUGCCAGCCCUAGAUCUUUCUACUUGAUCAUCUUCUUCGAUGCUAUCCAACUCCACAAUAAACUAAAGCCAAAUCUCAAAACUAUCAAAUUUGAAUAUGCCCUAAUUGCCAAAUCCUUCUCCAUCAACAACCAAAACUCCUCAAGUCUUUCCAAAAUCUUCUUAUGUGAUCUUGAAUUCAGUGAAUCUGAAAAAGAUUUCCUCUGA